UGAUAAUACACUGAUAGUCCUCAGUGAAAUCUACGUUACACAGGAUAGAACAAUGACUAAGAUAUUUCCUAUCAUCACUUUAGUGAUUUUGUGUGCUGUUAUUACAGCAAAUGCAAGAAAAUGUUACGUUUGCCGCGACUGCCAGAAAGUAAAUUCAAGUCACGAAAAAAUAUGUCCAAGCAAAAGACCAACCACUGAUGCACCAAGCACUGACAAACCGAGCACUGACAAACCAGGCACUGAUGCACCUAGCACUGACAAGCCCAGCACUGAUGCACCUAGCACUGACAAGCCCAGCACUGACAAGCCCAGCACUGAUGCACCAAGCACUGACAAACCGAGCACUGACAAGCCCAGCACUGAUGCACCUAGCACCGACAAGCCCAGCACUGAUGCACCAAGCACUGACAAACCGAGCACUGACAAACCAGGCACUGAUGCACCUAGCACCGACAAGCCCAGCACUGAUGCACCAAGCACUGACAAGCCCAGCACUGACAAGCCCAGCACUGAUGCACCAAGCACUGACAAGCCCAGCACUGACAAGCCCAGCACUGAUGCACCUAGCACCGACAAGCCCAGCACUGAUGCACCUAGCACUGACAAACCAGGCACUGAUGCACCUAGCACCGACAAGCCCAGCACUGAUGCACCAAGCACUGACAAGCCCAGCACUGAUGCACCAAGCACUGACAAGCCCAGCACUGACAAGCCCAGCACUGACAAGCCCAGCACUGAUGCACCAAGCACUGACAAACCGAGCACUGAUGCACCUAGCACUGACAAGCCCAGCACUGAUGCACCUAGCACUGACAAGCCCAGCACUGAUGCACCUAGCACUGACAAGCCCAGCACUGAUGCACCUAGCACUGACAAGCCCAGCACUGAUGCACCUAGCACUGACAAGCCCAGCACUGAUGCACCUAGCACUGACAAGCCCAGCACUGAUGCACCUAGCACUGACAAGCCCAGCACUGAUGCACCUAGCACUGACAAGCCCAGCACUGAUGCACCUAGCACUGACAAGCCCAGCACUGAUGCACCUAGCACUGACAAGCCCAGCACUGAUGCACCUAGCACUGACAAGCCCAGCACUGAUGCACCUAGCACUGACAAGCCCAGCACUGAUGCACCUAGCACUGACAAGCCCAGCACUGAUGCACCUAGCACUGACAAGCCCAGCACUGAUGCACCUAGCACUGACAAGCCCAGCACUGAUGCACCUAGCACUGACAAGCCCAGCACUGAUGCACCUAGCACUGACAAGCCCAGCACUGAUGCACCCAGCACUGACAAGCCCAGCACUGAUGCACCUAGCACUGACAAGCCCAGCACUGAUGCACCUAGCACUGACAAGCCCAGCACUGACAAGCCCAGCACUGAUGCACCUAGCACUGACAAGCCCAGCACUGAUGCACCUAGCACUGACAAGCCCAGCACUGAUGCACCUAGCACUGACAAACCCAGCACUGAUGCACCUAGCACUGACAAGCCCAGCACUGACAAGCCCAGCACUGAUGCACCUAGCACUGACAAGCCCAGCACUGAUGCACCUAGCACUGACAAGCCGAGCACUGAUGCACCUAGCACUGACAAGCCCAGCACUGAUGCACCUAGCACUGACAAGCCCAGCACUGAUGCACCUAGCACUGACAAGCCGAGCACUGAUGCUCCUAGCACUGACAAGCCCAGCACUGAUGCACCUAGCACUGACAAGCCGAGCACUGAUGCACCUAGCACUGACAAGCCGAGCACUGAUGCACCUAGCACUGACAAGCCCAGCACUGAUGCACCUAGCACUGAUAAACCAAGCACAGACGCUCCCAGCACUGGCGGGGCAAACACUGAUACACCAAGCACUGAUGCACAAGGCGCUGACGCACCUAGCACUAAUGCUCCAAGCAGUAAUUCACCAAACAGUGACGCUCCCAGCACUGAUGACACUAACGAACCAGGUCAGAAAAUGUCGGGUGGAAGACGACGAUUACUGUCUGUCAUGCAGCCCAGAGAUGAUGCAGCAUCGGAAGCUGAACCUCAAUGUAUUGAAGUGUCUUACGAAGAAAAUGGUGCGACGAACGUUAUUCGAGAUUGCUACUAUCCACCUGAGGAAGACGAUGACUCUGGCAGUUCUAACAAUCAGUGUAAGACUUUGGUAGGAAACAGUGGCAACGUCACUACCUGUAAAGUCUGCACUGGUGAUCUCUGCAACGCAUCCGUCAAAACUACUGGGACGAUUGGUUUAAUAGUGGCCUGCUUGGUAUCAGCUUUGAACUUCUGCUAUAGAUUGUAAUACGGCUAGAUAGAACUUAGGCGUGGAAGCUGCUCUAGUCUAGAUUGAAGUUCUGAAUGAAGUGAAAUAAUUGCCACUUACCAAUUUUUUAGUUUUUGUUUAUCUACUCUAUUGUUGUUUUGUAAAUGAACGGAGUUCAAAGUUUAAUAUUGGAUACAAUUGGAUCCAGGCUAGUGGCUUAGUUAUUUCAUAGGUAGUGUUAGGGUUGUUUAAGUAUUCUGUUGUUAUUUUCCCUGUGUACUUGCAUUCCUUUAAAUUAUUGUAAUUUUUCAUUAAACGUAUUCUCCCAAAAACCUUUUAAUUACUUCAUCUGUAAAGUUACUAUGUUUCUUUAUUGUUUAUACAUUCAUUUAGAGAGUAUGUACUUAUCUAUCAUAUCGUGUGUUCAUUACGAAAUCUUAAGUGUGUUCUUAGUCAUUUGUAACGAAUAAAAUAUGUUAUAUAAAUAGG